AAAAGGUUUUGCAGGCGCCCACAGCCCCUCCUUGCCUGACUGCCCAUGGCCACUCACCUGGAGCUGCCCGCUGGUGGGAGGAUGCCCAUCCUGGGACUGGGCACCUGGCAGUCUCUGCAGGGGGCAGCCAGGGAUGCAGUGGAGUUUGCCAUCGACGUGGGGUACCGGCACCUGGACUGUGCCCACAUGUACCAGAACGAGAGCGAGAUCGGGGACGCGCUGCGGCACAAAAUGGAGCAGGGCGUGGUGCGGAGAGAGGAGCUCUUUGUGGUCAGCAAGCUGUGGUCCACCUUCCACGAGAGGUCCCUGGUGAAGGAGGCGUGCCAGAAAACACUUGCUGCCCUCCAGCUGGAUUAUCUGGAUCUCUACCUGAUGCACUGCCCCAUGGGAUUCAAGGCAGGAGAGGAGCUAUUUCCUGCAGAUGGAAAUGGAAUGAUCAUUCCCAGCGACACAGAUUUUCUGGAUACGUGGGAGGCUAUGGAAGAGCUCGUGGAUGUGGGAAUGGUGAAGGCUAUUGGAGUCUCCAACUUCAACCAAAAACAGAUCAAUCAGCUCCUGGGCAAACCAGGCUUGAGGCACAAACCUGCAAACAACCAGAUUGAGAGCCACCCCUAUCUUCCUCAGGAAGAGCUGAUUAAGUUUUGUCAAGCCAAAGGGAUCUCUGUCACUGCAUACUGUCCCCUUGGAGCACCCAACUGGCCAGGGUCCAAGCCUGACCAUAUUUCCCUUCUUGAUGAUCCUCAAAUUAAGGAAAUUGCACUCAAGCACAACAAAACCCCAGCUCAGGUGCUUAUCCGGCUCCAAAUCCAAAGAAAUGUGAGUGUCAUUCCCAAAUCUGUCACUCCGCAGCGUAUUGAGGAAAAUUUUAAGGUGUUUGACUUUGAGCUGAGUGCAGAGGAGAUGGAGACGCUCCUUGGUUUCACGAAGCGCUAUCGCAUCUGUGCGUUAACCCAAUGCAAAAAUCACAAGGACUAUCCUUUUUUAGAGGACUGACAGAGACAUCAGCUUCAGAUCCUCUGGGGGAUCCAGACCAUUUAUUGUUAUUUCAAGCAACUUUGUGCAUUAAUUCAUAGAUAGAAGGGGAAUAUGUAUUAAAAAAAUGGGAGAAGGUAACUUACAGAUAUUCUGAAGAGUCAUCUUUGAACAUGGAUACAUUUGCUUCCUUUGUAUCAACCAGUUGUAUCAGUCCUUUAUCUGCUCUUACACAAUUUUAUAAAUAACACCAUUUUCAGUUGCAGCAAAAUAUAUAUUCUCUCUUAAUGUAGUAAUUAUAAUGAAGCUUAAUAAAGGCACAAAUUGGGAUUAGGGAAAAGCAUUUUUUGUCAUAACUAUAAAUCUGACUAAGUUUAGAGAAAAUUUAAAUUGUCUGAUUAUUUCUACUUUUGGACAAAAGCUCAAUAAAUUUACUAUCUUUUAACUAUCAGU